CAGUCACUGGACAGACCAAGUGACUUCAACAGAAACUGAUACUGAAAACUCACGGACGGAGUAUCUCAUUAUUAGAAGGUUAAAACCAUGAUGGAGCUUUCCUAUCAGUCGAUGAAGGUCGCUCAUCAAGCCAGGGAAGCGGAUGAGCUGAGGACAGAAAUGAGGAGGAAGAGCCUCCUCAUCCUCAUCUAUCAUCACCUGCUGGGUCAAGGCUACAUGGCUGCAGCUGUAGCCUUGGACCAGGAGACUAAUGGAGGUGUGAAGAAGUUCGAGGUUUGUGAUAACAUCGACCUGGAGAUGGUGCUGAUGGAGUAUGAGAGCUAUCACAACAUUAAGUUCCAGAAAUAUCCCAAACUCAUCAAAAAAACAGCAGAACCAGGUGAUAGCCGACAUAUAAAAAAUGGUGGAAUGAAGAGGAGUUCCUGUUCAACUGUAAAGCCUCUUCCUAAAAUCAAUGCAUCACAAAGGCCAAAUUCUGGUAGCAGUGCCAAGAAGACGGCAGCCAAUGCACACUUAAAUGAGAAUGGCUCCUCUGUUCUUCCAGAGUCAUCAGAGUUUGGUCUUAAUGUGUCCUCCAUCCGAAACCUACCAUCUGGGGAGGGAAUCGUGAACAAAAAGCUGACUGAAGGCCGUUUGAUGCAUGAUGCUGCUAAAGGAACCCUCAGUGACUCAGACCACAUGGAGCGUUUGCUGAAGCCCCUCAGUGGCUUCUCUGGAAUGAGUGGUGAGAUGCGAGAACUGGCUUCUGUUAUCAGCAGGGACAUCUAUUUGCACAGCCCCAAUGUGCGGUGGGAGGACAUCAUCGGGCUGGAAGACGCCAAGCGAUUAGUCAAAGAGGCCGUCGUCUAUCCCAUUAAGUACCCCCAGCUGUUUACAGGAAUCCUGUCUCCAUGGAAGGGUUUGCUGCUUUACGGUCCACCAGGUACUGGUAAGACCAUGCUGGCCAAGGCUGUGGCGACAGAGUGUAAAACAACCUUCUUCAACAUCUCAGCCUCCAGCAUUGUCAGCAAGUGGAGAGGAGACUCCGAAAAACUAGUCAGGGUACUGUUUGAGCUGGCCCGGUACCAUGCACCAUCCACCAUCUUCCUGGAUGAACUGGAGUCAGUAAUGGGCCAAAGAGGAACCAGCAUGGGAGCUGAGCAUGAGGGCAGUCGUCGCAUGAAGACAGAGCUGCUGGUUCAGAUGGACGGACUGGCACGAUCAGACGACCUGGUGUUUGUCCUGGCUGCCUCCAAUCUGCCCUGGGAACUGGAUCAUGGCAUGCUGAGGAGAUUAGAGAAAAGGAUUCUAGUCGGUCUUCCCUCGUCACCAGCUCGCUGUGCCAUGAUCUCCCACUGGCUGCCACCUCUUAACUCCUCUAGAGGGGUGGAGCUACGAACUCAGCUGGACUAUGAAGCCCUUGCAAUGGAGAUGGAGGGUUAUUCUGGGUCUGACAUCAGACUGGUGUGUAAGGAGGCUGCCAUGAGACCAGUUCGCAAGAUCUUUGAUGCUUUGGAGUCCCAUCAGGAUGGAAACACCAACAUGCUCCAGCUGGAAACUGUCACAACGGCCGACUUCCUGGAAGCGAUUGCCCACACCAAACCCUCGGCCAGAAGCCUGAUGGACAGAUACACAGCAUGGGAGAAAGAGUAUAAAUCUGUCUAGCAGACAUUUGGAAAAGACUUUUACAUAAAACAAAUUCCUACUGAAUUUACAAUUAACCACACCAUCUUAAAACAGUAGUCAGGAGGCCUCUGUUGUAAACACUCCUCCCGUUUAUAGACAUAGAUUUGAAAAGACAGGAGACCAAAUCUACAGCUCUGUGGAAAAAAUGAAUUUUUUCAAGGUUUUCUGAAAAUGUAAAACUUGAGGCAGAUUUGGUAAAAUCAAAUCAGUCUUUUAAGUACAAUUGUUCCUUAUUUUCUUUCCCCUGAGGCUGUAAUAAAAUGAAAGUAAUAAAGGGAGAAUCAUAUCAUUAGCCUCACAGCAUAAUUGUCAAGUCAUAUUUUUUGGCCAAAUUAUAUCUGCAUAACUUUACUCUACCACUGCUGCUUCAUUUCAUCACUGGCCAUGACCUGAAAAAAAUUCGACAUAAGCAGUUAUGCUAUGAGACUAACCAUAUAUAGAAAAGAAACUUUGGAAACUUGCAUUGAUGAACCCUCUAAUUCAUCUUCAACAUUGGGAUGCAUAUUUGCACAGAACCACAGCUGUGGAUGUGGAUGACUUCCAUGAAUGAGCAUUUAGACUUAAUAGCCACCACAGGAGGAGCAAAACUCCUCUUUAAUCCUUAUACACAAGCUUGACUAUUGUUUUAAGACUCAAAAAUAGUGAAUCUGUCCUCGAAGCACAUGUUGCUAUUUCUGAAGAACUACAAGCAAAUCACAUACAGUAGAUUUGUG